CGUGAUAGUAUCACCGGCCUAUGCCUUUUGAUAAAACAUAUGGUAUCGCUGUCCGUGACAACAUUACCGCAGUGAGCUGGAACUGAUCCUGUCGUAGACUUCAGUUUGUGUUGUGUAUACAAAGGAAAUUUACGUAUUUACAAACAUGAAUCAUUGGAAUCGUGUACUGAGAGCAGCUCUAUGGAUUCUGCUCACGGUUGUCAUUCCAACAAAGACACAAAAUGUAAAUCCUAUUGUGUCGCUCGUAAAGUUUCUCGAAGAUGGCUCUUACGAGCUCGACAAAGAACCACCAGACCAAACGACCAUGCUUUCAGAAUACGACUUUAUUGUUAUCGGUGCUGGAACUGCGGGUUGUGUUCUUGCGAACCGCCUAACAGAAAUACCUGAUUGGAAAGUUUUACUUGUAGAAGCAGGAAAUAAUGAAAACUUCGUGAUGGACAUACCUUUACUGGCAAACUAUCUUCAGUUCACAUCUGCAAACUGGGGCUAUAAAACUCAACCUUCUGAUAGAUACUGCGCGGGAUUUGAAAAUCAACAGUGCCAUUGGCCACGAGGAAAGGUGAUUGGAGGAUCUAGUGUACUAAAUUAUAUGAUUUAUACAAGGGGUGCUCCUCAAGACUACGAUAACUGGCAAGCGAUGGGAAACGAAGGCUGGGGAUGGAGUGAAGUCCUGCCAUAUUUUAAGAAAAUUGAAAGUUUUAACAUCAAAUCUUUCGACAAUCCGGACUAUCACGGAAAUGAAGGCUAUUUGAACGUGGAACACGCACCAUUUCGAACUACAAAAGCUAAAGCAUGGGUUAAAGGAGCUAAAGAGUUAGGGUUUAAAUAUGGAGACUAUAACGGCGCAACUCCGUCAGCAGUUUCGUUUCUGCAGUUGUCUAUGAAGAAUGGUACACGACAUAGUUCAAAUAGAGCAUACUUACAUCCCAUUAACAAGAGAAAUAAUCUUUAUGUAUCGAAAUCCAGUAUGGUGACGAAACUACUCUUUGAUCCGACAAAUACGAAAGUUAUAGGGAUAGAAUUUGAAAAAAGGGGAAAGAAAUAUAAAGUUUUAGCUAAAAAGGAAGUCAUAGUCGCUGGCGGCACUAUUAAUUCACCCCAACUCUUGAUGUUAUCUGGCAUAGGUCCAAAAGACCAUUUGGAAUCCCUUAAAAUUCCUGUUGUUAAAGAUUUACCUGUUGGAUACAAUUUAAUGGACCAUAUAGCUGCCGGUGGCAUACAGUUCAUGGUAAAACAGCAAAAUUUCACUUUAACUACAGAUUAUAUCUUGAAUCAUUUAGAAUUAGUAUUCAAGUGGAUGAGAACACAUAAAGGACCACUAUCAAUACCCGGUGGGUGUGAAGCACUCAUAUUCAUGGAUCUAAAAGACAAAUUUAACGGGACUGCUUGGCCAGAUAUGGAACUUCUUUUUAUCGGCGGCGGAUUGAAUUCUGAUCCGUUAUUAUCACGGAACUUUAAUUUCGACGAGCAAAUUUUCCUAGACACGUAUAAAGACUUGGGAAAAAAAGACUUGUUCAUGGUAUUCCCCAUGUUAAUGCGCCCGAAAUCAAGAGGUAGAGUUAUGUUGCAAAGUCGAAACCCCAAAGUCCAACCAACUUUGAUACCAAAUUACUUUGACCACCCCGAGGACUUAGAAAAAAUUGUGGAAGGAAUCAAGAUUGCAAUAGAAAUUUCAAGACAGCCGUCUAUGAGAAAACUUGACACAAAAAUGUACGAUGUGCCAAUAGAGGAAUGUCUACAAUAUGGGCCGUUUGGAAGCGAUGCUUAUUUUGCGUGCCAAGCCCAGAUGUUCACAUUUACCAUUUACCAUCAAAGUGGUACUUGUAAAAUGGGAGCCAAGAGUGACCCUUCUUCUGUUGUUGAUAAUAGACUACGGGUCCACGGUAUCUCUGGAUUAAGGGUUAUAGACGCUAGUGUAAUGCCGGAAAUAGUAUCAAGUCAUACAAAUUCUCCUGUAUUUAUGAUUGCAGAAAAAGGAUCAGAUAUGAUCAAACAGGAUUGGGGCCAAAAAACUUAGUACUUAUGGAUAAUAUAGUAUUAUGGAUAAUUUUGUUUUCAUCUGUGAUUUAAUUAGAUGUAAUAAUUUAUUUUUAGACAUAAAAUGUUAGCAAUGCAUUUGUUUUCCUAUAAAAUAGAUAAAAAAAUAUAAUUAACAAAUAUUAAAAGUUUUUGUCUCUUCUACUGUUAGCUUAGGCUAUUAGCUAUUGAACUAUAUUUUUUAAUUGAUCCAUACGUUAUUAUAAAUUAGUUUUGUAAUAUAAUUUCUCUAAAUAUUAAUUGAUGAAUAUAGUUGGAUUGUUUGUAUGCGUGUAAUGAUAUCAAAAAUCGUUUAGUAAUUCAUUAGUAACUGGCUAUCCAAUUAUUUUAGAUAUUAAAAAUAAAAUGUAAUCAUGCUGUGAUGUAGAUAAAGCUAAUACCAUAUUUUUUGUGAUUUUGGUUAUAGUUUGGGAAUACAUCAACAGUUGUUAGACUUCCUCCAGCCAGUAAUACACGAUAUCGUUGAUCGAUAAAGAAGAGAACAAUACAUUUGGUAAAUGUUCUUUUUUUGUUAUGGAAUCUCGCUGUUGGCCUUAAAGGCCUUUACAGCUCAGUUCGGGCUGUUUUGGCGAGCGUAGCUCGGCCUGAAUGGCGUUUUAUCCCGUGUCUAGCGGCAAGGUCGUCUCCUGUGAGACUCGAACCUCGGCUUGGGCCGUCGCGGGGUGUAAAUGUUCUAUAUUUUCACACUAAUGUAUACUUAACAAUGUUUGUGACAAUCUCUAGUCGUUCCCCAAAAUAGAAUAUCCAACCGAACCUCGGACCUACCGAUGGAACCUACCCUACCGUUGCUAUUCCGCCCUUAAUCAAUUAACCCCGAGAGAACUUCGACAUUUUCCCGCGUAACUGCUCGAGAAAAUUCAACCAAUCGUGGGGCUUGUCAUACAACUGUUAUUUAUAAAACCACAUUAAAUAUACAUAAAUGUUAUCUAU